UUUGAAAAUACAAUACACAUGGCACAGAUCAUAAAACUUUUUAAGACACUGUUAAUUCUGAUACUUCAUGAUUACAUCUCAGCUGAAGAUGGAGAAACAAGAGCAAGCUGCAGAACUGCUCCGGCUGAUUUAGUCUUUAUCUUAGAUGGCUCUUACAGUGUUGGCCCAGAAAACUUUGAAAUAAUCAAAAGAUGGCUUGUCAAUAUUACAAGAAAUUUUGACAUAGGACCAAAGUUUAUCCAAGUUGGAGUUGUCCAGUACAGUGAUUACCCUGUACUUGAAAUCCCCCUAGGAACACAUGAAUCCACUGAAAACCUCAUCAGGGAAAUGGAAUCCAUACACUACUUGGGAGGAAAUACAAGAACAGGAAGAGCUAUUCAGUUUGCCUAUGACCAUCUUUUUGCAAAAUCUUCAAGAUUUUUAACAAAAAUAGCUGUUGUUCUCACUGAUGGAAAGUCCCAAGAUGAAGUCAAAGAUAUAGCAGCAGAAGCAAGGAAAAAUAAAAUCACUCUGUUUGCAAUUGGUGUUGGCUCAGAAAUUGAGGAGGAUGAACUUAAAGCUAUUGCUAACAAGCCUUCAUCAACUUAUGUAUUUUAUGUUGAAGAUUAUAUUGCAAUAUCCAGAAUUAAAGAAGUUAUAAAGCAGAAACUCUGUGAAGAAUCUGUUUGUCCAACAAGAAUUCCAGUGGCAGCUCGAGAUGAAAAAGGAUUUGAUAUUCUUCUAGGACUAGGUGUGAAGAAAAAGGUUAAAAAGAGAAUUCAAAUACCAACUACUAAUGCCAAAGCUUAUGAAGUAACCUCCCGUGUUGACCUGUCAGAAUUGACAAGGAAUGUGUUUCCAGAAGGUCUGCCUCCAUCCUAUGUGUUUGUUUCCACUCAAAGAUUUAAAGUAAAAAAGACAUGGGAUUUGUGGAGAAUUCUAAGCCUGGAUAAGAGACCACAGAUAGCAGUCACUAUUAAUGGAGAAGAGAAAACAUUAUCAUUCACUACAACGAGUUUAAUAAAUGGCACACAGGUUAUUACUUUUGCUGCACCUCGUGUAAAGACAUUGUUUGAUGAAGGCUGGCAUCAAGUUCGUCUCUUAGUAACAGAAGACUUUGUAACUUUGUAUAUAGAUGACCAAGAAAUUGAAACAAAGCCAUUACAUCCCGUUUUAGGUAUUUACAUCAGUGGACUAACCCAAAUAGGAAAGUAUUCUGGAAAGGAGGAAACUGUACAGUUUGAUAUACAAAAGCUGCGAAUCUACUGUGACCCAGAGCAAAAUAAUCGAGAAACAGUCUGUGAGAUCCCAGGAUUUAAUGGAGAGUGCAUGAAUGGCCCUAGUGAUGUAGGCUCCACGCCUGCCCCCUGUGUAUGCCCUCCAGGGAAACAAGGACCUCCAGGCCCCAAAGGUGAUCCUGGUCAGCCUGGGAAUCAUGGUUAUCCUGGUCAGCCUGGUCCAGAUGGUAAGCCUGGAUAUCAAGGAUCAGCAGGAACUCCAGGUAUCCCGGGAACUCCAGGGGUUCAAGGACCACGUGGCUUACCAGGUAUCAAGGGAGAGCCAGGGAAAGAUGGGGCUAAGGGUGACCGUGGACUACCUGGUUUUCCUGGAUUACAUGGCAUGCCUGCACCAAAGGGAGAAAGGGGUCCUAAAGGAGAUCAAGGAGUGCCAGGAAUAUAUGGAAAAAAGGGCUCCAAGGGAGAGAAAGGUGAUACCGGGUUUCCAGGAAUGCCUGGGCGAUCCGGAGACCCUGGCAGAAGUGGGAAAGACGGAUUACCAGGAAUUCCUGGUUUCAAGGGGGAAGUUGGACAGCCUGGAUCUCCAGGACAAGAAGGACGUCGUGGAGAGCCCGGAAUUCCUGGAAUCCCUGGAAAUCAAGGAGCAAAAGGACAAAAGGGUGAAAUUGGACCACCGGGUCAACCAGGAGCAAAAGGCUCACCAGGGGAAACUGGCAUGAUGGGACCGGAAGGCUCAUUUGGUCUACCUGGAGCUCCUGGGCCUAAGGGUGAUAAAGGUGAACCUGGACUACAGGGGAAACCAGGAUCACCAGGAGCCAAGGGAGAUCUAGGAGGACCUGGUGCCCCAGGUGAACCAGGCUACCCAGGCAUUCCUGGUACCCAGGGUAUAAAGGGGGACAAAGGAAGCCAGGGUGAAAGUGGUAUCCAGGGACGAAAAGGAGAGAAAGGAAGACAAGGAAAUCCAGGCUUACAGGGAAUAGAAGGAUUGAGUGGAGAACAAGGAGAGAAAGGUGAGAAAGGAGAUCCAGGCAUUCGAGGCAUCAAUGGACAAAAGGGAGAAUCCGGUAUCCAGGGUUUGGUUGGACCUCCUGGUGUCAGAGGUCAGCCAGGAGACAGAGGGCCCCCAGGACCACCUGGAUCAGAUGGAAAGCCUGCACGAGGAUUUUCAGAAGAAUUUAUUCGACAGGUGUGUUCAGAUGUACUGAGAACCCAAUUGCCUGCUAUUCUUCAGAGUGGAAGGCUACAAAACUGCAACCACUGUCAGUCCCAAAGUGCUUCCCCAGGACUUCCAGGGCCACCAGGUCCGAGAGGCCCCGAAGGUCCAAGAGGAUUUCCUGGUUUGCCAGGAAAUGAUGGUAUUCCAGGUCUGACAGGCGUCCCGGGUCGCCCUGGGGCUCGUGGGACAAGAGGGCUGCCAGGGAAAAAUGGUGCAAAAGGCAAUCAAGGAAUUGGGGUUCCUGGGAUCCAAGGCCCCCCGGGACCUCCAGGUCCAGAAGGUCCCCCGGGUAUGAGUAAGGAAGGACGUCCUGGAGAGCGUGGGCAGCCUGGUAAAGAUGGAGAUCGUGGCACACCGGGAAUGCCAGGACCAGUCGGACCCCCUGGAAUUUGUGACCCAUCACUGUGUUUUAGUGUAAUUGUGGGGAGAGAUCCCUUUAGAAAGGGACCGAACUACUAAUUUGUGAUAUAAUAAUUUAGAGGAAUAGGAAUGG